UUUCAAGCGCGUUCAUUUACUCUGGCGCUGAGCAACCGAACGGCAGCGCGCAACACUCUCAUAUCAGGACUGUGGAAAACGAGGACGUCAAAGAAACCUAGUUAGUGCAGUACUAAUGCAAAGACAUACUUUUGAAGCCUCAACAGUGCCACGCAGCUGGAUAUAGCAGUUAUCGAUACAGCAUUUUUCCCCCUUCGUGCCAUGAAGAACCUUCUCCCCAAGCUGUGGAUCUUCAUCGCUCCAGUUGUCUUCCUCUCUUCGCUCAGCGCUGCCGAGUAUGAGUACAUCACCUGGAAACCGGAGACUUGGGGGCCCAAUUACGGCAAAACCCCACAGUGCAUGGUAAUUCCCGAGGACCUGAGGUUGUGUUUUGGCGUGGGCUACAAAGAGAUGAUGCUUCCCAAUUUGCUGGACCAUGAAACUAUAGCGGAGGUGAAGCAGCAAGCAGGCAGCUGGGUUCCUCUGGUGCACAAAGCCUGUCACCCCGGCACGCAAGUGUUCCUCUGCUCGCUCUUCGCCCCCGUGUGCCUCGAAAGACCCAUAUAUCCGUGCCGCUGGUUGUGCGAGGCUGUCCGGGACAGUUGUACCCCUAUUAUGCAGGCUUUUGGGUUUCCUUGGCCUGAAAUGCUAAGGUGUGACAAGUUUCCCCUGAGCGACGUAUGCAUUGCUAUGAACGCCACCAGCAGCGAUGAUACGGACAAAUCCCCAGGUGCCUCUUCUGUCUGUCCGCCAUGUGACAAUGACAUGAACACAGAUGCAAUUCUGGAACACAUGUGCGCCAGUGAAUUCGCAAUCAAGACGAAGAUUAAGGAGGUCAAAAUAGAAAACUCGGAUCGAAAAGUCAUUCUGGCGAAAAAGAGGAAGGCGGUGAAGCAGGGAAGUCUGACAAAGCAGGAUCUAAAGAAGCUUGUUCUUUACCUGAAAAACGGAGCAGGCUGUCCAUGCCAACAACUGGAAAACUUACGGAGUAACUACUUAAUCAUGGGCCGCAUUGUGGGGAAACAGUAUAUACUGAUAGGCAUUCAUAAGUGGGACAGAUCUAAAGAAUUUAAGAAGGCCCUUAAACAACUUGAAAGCCACAAAUGUCCAAAUUUUGAAUCAGUGUUCAAGUGAUUUUUGAUCAGGUGGUUACUAAUCUUUGUGAACUUUCCAUUAUAGCAUUAUAUUGCAUUUUGCAUUACAGAACAGUAGAGAAAGGAACCACAGAUGCCACAAUCCAAUUGGUUCCAAUAAAUGUCUGAACUACAUGCAAACAAGUGCCAUUUAGUUCAAUGUUCUUGAGUAUUUCUAACCAAUCCCAGUUAUGUACAUUCCAUUAUGCUAGAAAGUCAGAUGAGCGAGUUCUGCUUUUGCAAACACUGCCUUUUGAUAUAUCUUGUGUUUUCAUGGUUAAAUAAUAUGUUUAUGUUUUAUAAUACUCAUCACAGUUAUCAGGUAUUCAGUAAAAUACACAAUACAUGCACCUUUUUUGACAGUUUGUUGUUGCAUAGGAUGCAAAUCACAGUUAAUCAUGCCGUGGAAGGUGUCCUAUAGCAUGCCUGAGGACUUGCACAAUGCACUGUAAUCGUUCAACAUUAAAACAGACAAUAUUUUUAAUA